AUGGCGUCCAUUAUAGUGGUUGAGCGCCCCCAUAAACAGAAGCAAGAAAAAGAAAAACUCACUCCCGGAGUCAUUUAUGUGGGCCACCUGCCUCCAGCACUGUACGAAACCCAGAUCCGAGCGUAUUUCUCCCAGUUUGGCACUGUGACGAGAUUCAGGCUGUCCAGAAGUAAAAGGACUGGAAAUAGCAGAGGUUAUGCCUUCGUGGAAUUUGAAUCUGAAGAUGUUGCCAAGAUAGUUGCUGAAACAAUGAACAACUACCUUUUUGGUGAAAGGCUCUUGCAGUGUCGUUUUAUGCCACCUGAGACAGUACACGAGGAACUUUUUAGAGAGUGGCAUCUUCCGUUUAAGAACCCGUCUUUCCCAGCAGUGAAACGGUAUAAUCAGAACCGGACCCUUCUUGAAAAGCUGCGGAUGGAGGAGCGAUUUAGAAAGAAAGAAAAAUUACUCAGGAAGAGACUAGCUAAGAAGGGAAUUAAUUAUGAUUUUCCUUCAUUGGUUUUACGUAGUAAAAAGAAGAAAAGCAACACCUCAAACACCAACCUUCAGGAAUCCACAAAUAGACAGGCUUUACCUAAGAAUAAAAAGAAGAAGGCUUCAGCCACCCCUGAAACUCCUGAGAAUACUGUGGAUAGCCAGGGCCCCACACCAGUUUGUACACCAACAUUUUUGGAUAAACGAAAAUCUGAAGUGGCUGAAAUGAAUGAUGAUGAAGAUAAUGAAAUAGUUUUCAAACAGCCCUUAUCUGGCAUAAAAGAACAAACACAAGAGACUGAAACACCUACACAGUCAAGGAAAAAAAGACGAAGAAAAAACAAUCAGUGAUUCUGAGUGUAUUUUGAAUAAUAUUUCUUCUGGAAAAUGUGAUUUUAUUAUGAGGGCUGUGUAUCGGAAGAAACACUGUUGGUUCCAGUCAAUAAUAACAGGAAUUGGUAACUUUGGCUUGCCUGCCCCAGCUGAAACACAGGUGCGCACACCACCCAGCAGGAGCCAGGCCUGCUGCCUCUCUGCCCCGGUCUCCCAGUUUCUUCCCAGAUUCAUACCUGCCUUUAGUGAC